AUGUUCCAGGCCCAUGACCCCCAGGAGGCAUUGAUCUGGGCCCUGAAUGACCUUGAGGAGAAUGAAUUUAAGACAUUAAAAUUCCAUUUACGGGGUACAACCCCGGCUGAAGGCCAUCCGUACCUGGCCAGAGGGCAGCUGGAGGGUCUGAGUCGGGUGGAGCUGGCAUCUAAACUGAUUUCAAUGUAUGGAGCACAGGAGGCCGUGAGAGUGGUACUCAAGGGCUUGAAGGUCAUGAACCUGUUGCAACUUGUGGACCAGCUCAGCCACAUUUGUCUGAAUGAUUACAGAGAAAUAUACCGAGAGCACGUGCGCAAAGUAGAGGAGAGGAAAGAAGGGGGAGUUGAUAGCAGUUACAGACAGCUGCUCCUGGUGGCUAAGCCCAGUUUGGGGAGCCCCGAAUCACCUGCUUGCCCCAUCCUGGAGGAGGAGCUGGACUCUGUCACGGUGGAAACUCUAUUUGAUUCGGGAAAAAAGCCCUACCCAGACCCAUCCUUUGUAGUGCUACAGGGAUCUGCUGGCACUGGGAAGACAACUCUGGCCAAAAAAAUUUUGCUGGAUUGGGCCUCUGGUACCCUGUACCCAGGCCGGUUUGAUUAUGUCUUUUAUGUGAGCUGCAAAGAAGUGCUCCUGCUGCCCAAGGGCAAACUGGACGAGCUCCUCUACUGGUGUUGUGAGGACAAUCAAGCCCCUGUCACAGAGAUUGUGCGGCAGCCAGAGCGGCUCCUGUUCAUUCUGGAUGGCUUUGAUGAGCUGCAGAGGCCCUUUGCAGAACAGUUGAAGAGGAAGAGCUCAAGCCCCAAGGAGGAUGUGCUGCAGAUUCUGAUUAGGAGAAGGAAACUUCCCACAUGCUCCUUGCUCAUCACCACCCGGUCCCUGGCUUUGCAGAAUCUGGAGCCCUUGCCAAAAAAUGCAUGCCAUGUCCAUAUCCUAGGCUUCUCUGAGGAGGAGAGGAGGGCAUAUUUUAGCUCCUAUUUCAUGGAAGAGGAGCAAGCCAAGAAUGCCUUUGCAUUUGUCCAAGGAAAUGCCAUUCUGUAUAAAGCAUGCCAGGUUCCAGGCCUUUGCUGGGUGGUCUGCUCCUGGCUGAAGAGGCAGAUGGAGAGAGGCCAGGAAGUCUCAGAGACACCCAGAAACAGCACUGACAUCUUCAUGGCCUAUGUGUCCACCUUCCUGCCAUCUGAUGACGAGGGCUGCUCCGAGCUUUCCCGGCACAGGGUCCUGAGGAGUCUGUGCGCCUUGGCAGCUGAGGGGAUCCACCACCAGAGGUUUUUGUUUGAAGAAGCUGAGCUCAGGAAACACAAUUUAGAUGGUCCCAGCCUUGCUGCUUUCCUGAGCAGCGAUGAUUACCAAGAGGGGCUUGAUGUGAAGAAGUUCUACAGCUUCCGCCACAUCAGCUUCCAGGAAUUUUUUCAUGCCAUGUCCUACCUGAUGAAAGAGGACCAGAGCCAGCUGGGGGAAGAGUCCCGCAGAGAAGUUCAAAGACUGCUGCAGGUCAAUGAGCUAGAAGGGAACAAGGAGAUGAUCCUCAGUAUGCAGUUUUUGUUGGAUAUAGCAAAAAAAGAGAGCUUGUUGAGCUUGGAGCUAAAUUUCAACCUCAACAUUUCUCCCUGUUUAAAGCAGGAUCUGAGGAAUUUUAAAGAACAGAUGGAAUCUCUGAAGUGCAACAGGAUGUGGGAUUUGGAAUUCAGACUGCAUGAUUUUAAAAUAAAGAAACUGGUAAGACAUAUUCAGUUGAGUGACCCGUCAUUCAAGAUAAAACAUUCAAAUAAAAGGAGCUCCCAAAGCAGCACGUCAUUUUCUGUCAAAAGCAGCUUGAAUAACGGACAGAGAGAGGAGUCAAAAUGUCCUCUUGUGGGCAAAGGAGGUGGAGCAGAAACACAAAAGGAGGCUUCUCAUGGAAAAGGCAGAGGGGCAGAGGAGCUGGACGAGCAAGUUAAGAACCAUGGGAUGGGAUGCAGAGAAAUGGGCAUGACAGCAUUGAAGAGGACGGAGGGACGGGGGGAUGGGGAAGACUGA